AUGGUAUGCAUGUACUGUAUGAUCUUCACUCCUUUCACCGGAAAGGAUAAUUAUGGUAGUCCUGUGACAUUUGCGGCCGGGUUGGUGUGCAACGAGAAAACAUGGGCAUUUGCUUGGUUGUUCAGACAUUUCGUUGAUUGUAUGGGUGUAACACCCAGGAUGAUUGUGACCGAUCAAGAUUUGGGAAUGAGAUCAGCUAUUGAAGAGGUUCUAGUCGGCACACGUCACCGUUGGUGUAUGUGGCAUAUAAUGCAUAAGUUGGCUGUCAAGGUACCAAACAGAUUGUUGCGGGACGACGAGUUCAAAAAGGAAUUUAAUGGUUGUGUGUGGUCGGACCUUGUAGAGCCGGACGAAUUUGAGGAGGAGUGGAAUAGAUUGGUCGAACAUCAUCAGCUAGAGGACAUCGACCGGUUCAACACAUUGUAUGCGUAUAGGCAAUACUGGAUACCGGCGUACUUCAGGGAUUUUCCUAUGGGAUCGAUGAUUAGGACUACGUCCAUAUCUGAAUCAGAGAACAGUUUUUACAAAAAUUUUCUGAAGCCCCGAGCUAACAUAGCUGAAUUUUACUUGAAUUUCAACCACGCCAUAGAAUUCCAGCGGAACAGUAGAACAGCGUUGGACUACCACGAUGCCACUGCCAUACCCAUACUUGCAACCACUCUGCCGUUCGAGAAACAUGCUUCCACGCUGUAUACCGACAGUAUGUUCAAGAAAAUACAAGAAGAAAUUGUGGAGGGUAAUGACCGAUGUCGUGUGCUGGGUUUUAUGUCCGGAGAAACGGUUGACACAUACAAGCUUGGGGAUAGCAAGCGCAAUGCAUAUGUUGUCCGUCAUGAGAAGACUGAUGAUACUUACUCGUGCGAAUGCAAACUAUUUGGCCAGCAUGACUCCCUUAGCCUAGGCUGUAUAUGGGGAGUUUCAGGAUCCCUGCUUACCCAUUCCUCCGUUGACGAUAGGCAAAUUGUGUCUAAGCAGAUGUUUUAUGGGUUUCUUAGACGAUUUGAGACCGACAUCGAGGUGUUACGUGCAUUCGUAGGUGGCGUCGAAGAACUUGGUAACUCUCUGCAAACUGGUACUCCGUCAACCUCAGCCACUAAGAAGAGGCGUAUGGUAGACGAGUUUUAUGGAAUGGUAAGGCCUGAAUCUGUUGAGGUUCAUCCUCCGGAUGUCGUGAAGACGAAACGCAAGCAGCUCUGCGAGCCGUCUGAUUUCAAAGAGAGAAAAGGCUAUAAAGGAUGCGACAAGGCCUCUUAG